AUGCAGUUCAGCGCUCUCAUCACCUCCGUUCUCUGCCUGGUCGCAGCCCAGUUCGCUGCCGCAGAGGACCUUACCUCCAUGUCAACAACGACCAUCACAAAGACCUUGCUCCGAGUGAACUCGGUCACUCCCACUCCCACUCCCAGCUCGAGCAUGAUGAGUGUCACCGCGACUUCCACCCCGCUGGUUGUCUCAUCCACCCACGCCGCUCCCUCUGCCACCCACACCGGCGGUGCCGUUAGUAUGGGCGCCGGCGUGCCGGCUGCCCUCAUUGCUGGCUCUUUCGCGCUCAUUAUGGGCCAGGCCCUGUAA